AAAUUUAUUAUACAGAAAGACAGCGUCUCCGCGGCGGUUGAAAUCCCUAGCCACCACUCUUUGAUUCUCAUCCCCGCCAAAACAUGAUAACAGGCGAUUCAAUCGACGGUGUAGAUUUCAUCAGCUCUCUACCUGACGUAAUUCUCCACCAUAUCCUCUCCUCUGUCCCGACCAAAUCCGCGAUCAGAACCUCUCUCUUGUCCAAACGAUGGAGGUAUGUUUGGUCUGAGACACCUUCUCUCUCCAUUGAUUGCCGUAGAACCGACCCUAAUUCGAUCGAAAAAACCCUAGCUUUCUUCUCCGCUCCCAAAAUCACGAGCUUCCAUCUUUGUACAAGCUUACUCAACAGGAUUGAUCCUCUUAAUAGCUGGAUCGAAUUCGCCAUUUCUCACGACUCGGAGAAGCUUUCACUGGAGUUUCGUGAUUCCCGUGUUAGGGAUUACAAGUUUCCUGAUUUCUUCUACACCAAUUCAUCUGUGAAGCAACUCUUGGUCAACUCUGGAUCUGUUGAUUUGAUUCCCAGAUGCUCUGUCUCUUGGACAUCUCUAAAGAACUUGUCUUUGAGCUUUUGCACACUUUCUGAUGAAUCAUUUCUUAAGAUUCUUUCUGGUUCUCCACUUCUGGAAAGCUUGGAAUUGUUGUAUUGUGCUGAAUUCAUGUGUCUUGAUCUGAGUCAAUCACCGCGUUUAAAAAGAUUGGAGAUUGACCGUAGCGAUUGGUUUAUGGGGCAAACGAAGAUUGUGGCGCCGCAUCUACAUUGUUUGAGAUUGAGACACUCUCGAUUACCAUGUAGUUUAGUGGAUGUCUCUUCUUUAACCGAAGCUGACUUGAACAUUUACUUUUGCGAUCUUGGAACACUUACCGCUGGUUUUCUUCAACAUAAUGUGGUAAAGAUGCUACAAAUGUUGCAGAAUGUAGAGAAGCUUACUAUUGGGGGUACUUUUCUUCAGAUGUUAUCUCUUGCUGCGCUCUGUGGUGUACCUUUUCCGAUGCUCAAGGUCAAAACUUUGACUCUUGAAACGAUGAUUAUUCGGUCUGUUAUUCCUGGUAUAACAGAGCUGCUACGGAACACACCUGGAUUAAGGAAGCUAACAAUUCACACUGUGAAAGGCAGCAGCAUAUCGGAAUUGCAUCUGAACGCCUACUUGCGUUUACAUAGCUUGAAUCAGCGUCAAUGCUGGAGAUCAAAAGACUCGGUCUUCCCGGGCUCUCUUGAGACCAUUUCGAUGUUGGUGGGUAAACAUGCAGAGUCCAAUCUCGUGGCUUUGUUCAUGGAACGUCUACUGAAAAGUACAAAAAGUCUAGAAACCAUGGUUGUACUCUUGGUAGGUUACCUUGAUGCAUCAGGUUUUGAAGAACUUCUUGCGAUGGCUACAACACUUUCUCACAACAACGAUGUCUCCGUUUUGAUUAAACGAAGCUCUAUAAAGUAUGUAUCCAACACUUUCCCUCAGCGAUAAUGUCUUAAUUGAUCAAAAGCAAAAGCCAUUGUUAAAUAUGUAUCAUUAGAUUUUCGACCUGAAUCUCUCACAAGUCACAACAAUGUAUUCUGAAUCUGUAAGUCAGAUUAGUUGUAUUUUAUACUUUCAAUAAAUUUUCUAUUGCUUUUUG